CUUGCAAACAUGUUCUUAGAGAUUGCGAGACGAUUCCACGUCAAGAAAGGCCGAGAUGCGGUGCAUAGAUGUAGUGCAGAUCCAGCCAGCUAUACAUUCUGUACAGCAAGUUAUUCAAUAGCCUUUGAUUACAGUUUCUUUAUUUGAUGCUCGGUAUUUAAAUAGCUGUGUGUAUUUGAGCGUAUCUGAUAACUUAAAAUAAAAAAGCGUCUGCCAAAUAACUAAGCAAUAACCGUAAAAAUACAUUAGGCAACUUUUUUCGCGUGAAAUGAAUUUGGAGGCCUAACUAAAUGAUUAUACAAUGGUUGCAUAAAUGAAUAUAUCACGAAUUUAGACGUAUAUCUUAUAACUUGCGUAAAAGAAGAUAAAACCAUCAUAAUGAGAAAGCACGUACGAAGGCAGACGUCUCCUUUCGUGGCAGUGUUAUCGUACAUAACGCAGUUAUAGCAGCUAAAUUUCCUUCUCCUAUCGUCUUCAUCGGGUCCUGUGUCUGACACUUCCUCAGUAGCUCAAUGCAUUUCUAUCGCGCUUCAGGUAACCCAGGAAGCCGUUAAAUACAAGUGGAAUACUCCGUUUAGCCAGGCUGAGGGGGACAAGAAGGGAGACGCCACCUUAACGAGGAUACGGUUAAGUGGAAGUAGAGACACUGAACCAGGAAGUAAAGACACUGAACCAGGAAGUAAAGAUACUGAACCAGGCAGUAGAGACCCUGAACCAGAAAGUAGAGACACUGAACCAGGAAGUUGAGACCCUGAACCUGGAAGUAGAGACACUAAACCAGGAAGUAGAGACCCUGGGACGUAACGUGCUCAAACGCUCGCCAACAUGUCGGACGCCAUCCUCACUUUCCAAGUCCAGCUCUCUGCUGUCAUGGAAACGGUGCUCAAGUCAGCCAUGUAUGAGAUCACCCGGCUGGUGGAGGACAGCUUCCUAGAGGAAGUGGCUCAGAGCAAACAGGAAGUGGAGGCCCUGAGGCAGCGGCUGCAGUGGUCGGAGAACCGGCGCAGAGAGCGAGAGAGCGGCAGGCGAGCGAGGUGCCUGGACUGCGGCAGAGUCGGAGUUUCCAGCGAGGAGUCAGAGGACCCACCCUCAGGAACACUGUCCGGAGCUGAAGCAGACCCUCCUCCUCCUCUCAGUAAGGGCUGUGCUGAGCCGGAGUGGAGCCCCGCUGUGGGACAGGACACAGCGCCCUCUUCAGGCAGCCUCCUGCCAGAGCGGCAGAGCAGCAGGCCGCGCAGCGGGGAGGCCUGUGGGGCGUACGAGUCGGAGGCGGGACAGGAAGGCGCCGCCCGCAGACUCGGUCUGGCUGGGCCUCAGCGCUGCGGGCCACGCCGCAGUGACCCCGACUCGCAGCGCGUCACCUGGACCACCUUUAAAUUAGGGGACAGCCACGCUGAGGCGGAGGGGCUGGACCCCCCGUACGCUGCAGCGGCAGAGCCAGCCAGUCCGCAGGCUCACAGGGACCCGCAGCCCCGCCCCGCUGAGGAGGGGGCGGGGAACAGCGCCUCCCCUCUGCAGUACCUUAAUGUGAAAUCGGAGGCGCUGCUCAUUAAAGAGGAGGCGGAGGUGCAGCCCGUGUGCAGUGAGGAGCUCAGAUGGGACGUAGCUCACAGGGAGUCCUGGGACAGAGGAGACCUGCAGGUAGAGCACACGGCCCACUCGCCCCCCCCACAGGGCGCAGUGACAUCACUGCAGUGCUUUCCAGAGAAGCUGGAGAGCCUGGCUCUGCACUUCCCUCCCCAGCAGCAGGAGGCAGCAGAAACCAGCUCUGAAGUGGAUCUGAGACAGAUCAGCGCACAGGUGCAUUUAGAGGCUGUAGACAGGAGCAGAGGUGCAUCAUGGGAUUGUGACUCAUUAAUGGUGUCAAAAAAUAUUCAAGGCCGUCAGAGGGGUUUCACGGGGGAUAAAGCAUUCAGUUGUGUUGAGUGUGGGAAGAGUUUCACCCAGUUAAAGAACCUCCAAGCUCACCUGAAAUACCAUGCAGGAGAGAGACCGCACAGAUGCAGCCAGUGUGGGAAAAGCUUCCUCUAUCAGAGUCGGCUUAAGGUUCAUCUGCUGAGCCACACUGGGGAGAGGCCAUUUAGCUGCACUUACUGUGAAAAAAGCUUCCUGUCUCUCUAUGACCUCAAAGUGCAUCAGCGCAACCACACGGGAGAGAAACCGUACCGCUGCUCGCAGUGCGGGAAAGGUUUCACGCGGCUGAGCAUCCUUAAGGAACACGGGAUCAUUCACUCCAAAGAGAAAUCGUUCGGCUGCACGCUGUGUGGGAAGAGGUUCACUCGGCCCAGUAAUCUUAAGGCUCACUUGAGACGCCACGUAGUGGAGAAACAGCACAGCUGCACACUGUGCGGAAAGAGCUUUCUCUAUUUGUGCCGCCUUAAAAAGCACCUUAAAAAAGUCCACUGGACAGACACUACUGCUAGCAUGUAGUGUGGUAAGAGAUUCAUGCAGUAAUUUUGGCUGUUCUACAGUUAUUAUAUCUAUGCUGGUAAUCAAGUUAAAACUUAAAUUCAGCCAGUGGUGCCUCUUGACUGAUAUGAGUACUGUAGGCAGCAGUUUUUUGGAUGCGUCAUCAUAAUUGUCCGUUUUGACAAUAUGGCUGAAACUUAUUCAUUGCUUAUUUUUUAAGCCUGCAGUUGUACGUGGCGAGGGCGUUUUUGUAAGUGAACAUUUACAGGUGUAUAUAUUGAUAUAUUUUCACAAUCUAAGUCCUCUGUCUUCAGCAGAAAAAUAGGCCUCAUCCAUAGCUUUGUGCUUUUGAGUUGUAUUUAUCUGACUGGGUGAAACAAGGCUUUCAGAAACCGGGAAUUGUGGGCCGUUUUUCAGUUUCUGUGCAGUAAAUACCCCAGAUAGUGUUCAGUGUUAGCUGAUUUGAGUCAGUGGGAAUAUUAAGUACAGAGGACCGCUUUCAUGCAGAUUGGUUUGACUUAAUAUCAUAAGAAACACAUAAUAGCAUAAAUAGGCAUACAUUUAAACAUAAAUAUGUAGCAACAUAAAUGUAUAAUCAGUUAAAUAUUUGUAUUGUUGAAGGUUGUGAGUGCACACCAGCAGUAGUGUGAGCCAAACACUUCAGGAAACACCACUCCUGCAUUCAGUGUGUGAGCAGUGUUCUGUGGGUGUGUGAGCAGUGUUCAGCGAGUGUGUGAGCAGUGUUCAGUGGGUGUGUGAGCAGUGUUCAGUGAGUGUGUGAGCAGUGUUCAGUGAGUGUAUGUGCAGUGUUCAGAGUGUGUGUGAGUAGUGUUCAAUGAGUGAAUGUGUGAGCAGUGUUCAGUGAGUGGGUGUGUGAGCAGUGUACAGUGAGUGUGUGAGCAGUGUUCAGUGAGUUAGUGAGCAGUGUUCAGUGAGUGUGUGAGCAGUGUUCAGUGAGUGGGUGUGUGAGCGGUGUUCAGUGAGUGUGUGAGCAGUGUUCCGUGAGUGAGUGAGUGGGUGUGUGAGCAGUGUUCAGUGAAUGAGUGUGUGAGCAGUGUUCAGUGAGUGUGUGAGCAGUGUUCAGUGAGUGUGUGUGCAGUGUUCAGUGAGUGUAUGUGCAGUGUUCAUUGAGUGAGUGUGUGAGCAGUGUUCAGUGAGAGUGUGUGAGCAGUGUACAGUGAGUGUGUGAGCAGUGUUCAGUGAGUGUGUGAGCAGUGUUCAGUGAGUGUGUGAGCAGUGUACAGUGAGUGUGUGAGCAGUGUUCAGUGAGUGGAUGUGUGAGCAGUGUUCAGUGAGUGUGUGUGCAGUGUUCAGUGAGUGUGUGAGCAGUGUUCAGUGAGUGUAUGUGCAGUGUUCAGUGAGUGUGUGUGUGAGCAGUGUUCAGUGAGUAAUUUGUGUGAGCAGUGUACAGUGAGUGUGUGUGUGAGCAGUGUUCAGUGAGUGUGUGUGUGUGCAGUGUUCAGUGAGUGUGUGUGCUGUGUUCAGUGAGUGUGUGAGCAGUGUUCAGUGAGUGUAUGUGCAGUGUUCAGUGAGUGUGUGUGUGAGUAGUGUUCAAUGAGUGAAUGUGUGAGCAGUGUUCAGUGAGUGGGUGUGUGAGCAGUGUACAGUGAGUGUGUGAGCAGUGUUCAGUGAGUGUGUGAGCAGUGUUCAGUGAGUGUAUGUGCAGUGUUCAGUGAGUGUGUGUGUGAGCAGUGUUCAGUGAGUGAGUGAGUGGGUGUGUGAGCAGUGUUCAGUGAGUGAGUGAGUGAGUGUGUGAGCAGUGUUCAGUGAGUGAGUGAGUGAGUGUGUGAGUAGUGUUCAGUGAGUGAGUGAGUGAGUGUGUGAGCAGUGUUCAGUGAGUGAGUGAGUGGGUGUGUGAGCAGUGUUCAGUGAGUGAGUGAGUGAGUGUGUGAGCAGUGUUCAGUGAGUGAGUGAGUGAGUGUGUGAGCGGUGUUCAGUCAGGCUGUACUGCAUGUGCAGUGGUCCUGUACAGCACAGCUGCUCUGUGGUCCCGUGUCCCCGUUCCUCAGUGUGAUCACGAGUGUUUUCUGUGGUGUUUGGGGGCAGAUCUGCAGCAGCUGCACUGUUAGCGAAGCAGAGCUGUCAGUCGGGUGCUUCUGAUGUCUGUAAUGAGCAUGCUACUAACACGUGUGUGGAAAAGUGAAUUCACUCUGAGAAUGUGACCCUAAGAUGCUUUCCAUUUGUCAUUAAUUAAAGUGACUAAAAUCUCAA